UCUGUAAAACCUGGCAGCUGCACUGCAAACAAGUGCUUUAAAUAUUACUGAAACUAUUUGCAAUAAGCGGUUUAAUCAUUUAAGGUGUUACUGUUUUUUUACAGCAGUACACUGAAUAAUAGUAAAAUAUUGACAGCAUGGAUCCUAACCCCAACUCUAUGGCCAGUUCCUCACGGUUUCAACCACUUGACAAACAAUAAGUGCUGGAAUCUUCAUCCUCCAAUAUAACACAAAACAUGAAAGACUUCAUGCUCUGUCACAAGACACUCAAAAACAUCUACAGGGCUGAACGGACUGUGACAAUCAGAUCCUCUUUAGGACUUGGUGUUAUGAAAUUCAUUUUGUUUUUUGUAGUAGUUUUAUCAUGUGAUGGUGUGGUGGUCAAGUCUGAAAGUGCAUUGCACAAUGUGCACAUUAUGCUGAGAGGUGGGUCAGUUUCUCACAACAUCAGUUUAAACAACAAGAGCCUCCUCUGUCCUGUCAGUUGUGUGAUUUUGAUAACUUGGACAUCUAUCGUUGGCUGUGAUCUUCUCCUGCAUUAAAAUGGUGUUGCUGUUGAAGCCGUACAUCAGUGUCCUUCUGCUGCUUCAGUUCAGACAGCAACUAUUGGCUCAAAACAGUGAAGCUAAAGGAGAGAAGGGAGAUCGAGGAGUGCAGGGACCACCAGGUAACGCAGGACCACCUGGACCACCUGGACGCAAAGGUUUCAGAGGAUUGAGAGGAGAGCCAGCUCAAAAUUUAAUUACACCAGAAAAAGUCAAGGACAUUGAAGAAAGAUUGAUAGUCGCAGAGGAAACUCUGAAAGAAUUGAAGCAAGAGAAUGAAGCCAAAAAGGUUGCAUUUUCAGCUGGACUUUUGGCAUCUGAAUUACAACAUACUGGACCCUUUGAUGAUCGAAGGACUCUGGUCUACCAAAAAGUCUUCACUAACACUGGAAAUGCAUUUAACUCGAACAAUGGUAUUUUUACAGCACCAGUAAAAGGAGUUUAUUUCUUCAGAUUUUAUGCUCAGUCUCACACUGGUAACCAAAUGGCAGUCAGUCUAUAUAAGAAUGAUCAACUUCAUUGUUCUGUGUUUUCUCUGAAAGCUGAGAGCAAUGCUAAUGGCAGCAAUGGUGUUGUUCUUACACUGGAGAGCGGUGAUAAAGUCUACACACAGUUGUGGGAGAACAGCUGGGUUUAUGAUGAUAAAGGAAGUUUCACCAGUUUCAGUGGUUUUCUGCUUUUCCCCAUGUGUACAGAAGGCCCCUGUGAGACGAACGAGAAGAGAAGGGCGCCACAGGAUCAAGCUACACCACAGGAGGUGAACAGAGACGAAGGAGCUCCGUCCUGUCCUUUCCCUGUGAACACCUACCUGGCUGGCCCCUUUUCCCCCACUCUCUGGACCCCCGUCUUCUCCUGGAGGAGAGAGAGAGACUGUACAAUCAGUAAGCAGAGGCAAGGUCCAGCACAGAGGAAGUUGAGCCAGGGAGAGUUGAAACUUGGACCUCUAUCGUUGGCUGUGAUCUUCUCCAGCAGUAAAAUGGUGUUGGUGUUGAAGCCGUACAUCAGUGUCCUUCUGCUGCUUCAGUUCAGACAGCAACUAUUGGCUCAAAAGAGUGAACCUAAAGGAGACAAGGGAGAUCGAGGAGUGCAGGGCCCACCAGGUAAUGCAGGACCACCUGGACCACAUGGACUCAAAGGAGACAGAGGAGACCAAGGCUCACCUGGCCCUACAGGUGUGCAGGGACCACCUGGCAUACCUGGCCUAAAAGGGGAACAAGGAGUGGGACUACCUGGCGUACUUGGUUCUACUGGCCUAAAAGGUGAGCAGGGACAACCUGGCUCACGUGGCCCUACAGGUUUUCCGGGGCCACCUGGCAUACCUGUCCUAAAAGGGGAACAAGGAGUGGGGCUACCUGGUGUACUUGGUUCUACUGGCCUUAAAGGUGAGCAGGGACAACCUGGCUCACCUGGCCUUACAGGAGUGCAGGGACUACCUGGUACACCUGGUCUAAAUGGUCAUCCUGGCAUACCUGGCCUAAAAGGUGAGCAGGGACAACCUGGCUCACGUGGCCCUACAGGUUUUCCGGGGCCACCUGGCAUACCUGGCCUAAAAGGGGAACAAGGAGUGGGACAACCUGGUGUACUUGGUUCUACUGGCCUAAAAGGUGAGCAGGGACAACAUGGCUCACCUGGCCUUAGAGGUGUGCAGGGACCACCUGGCCGGCCUGGCAUUCUUGGCAUAAAAGGUGAGCAAGGAGUGGGACUACCUGGUACACCUGGUCUAAACGGUCAUCCUGGCGUACCUGGCCUAAAAGGUGAGCGGGGAGUUGGACAACCUGGCUUUCCUGGUAACCCUGGUUCUCCUGGUAACCCUGGUUUACCUGGCCUAAAAGGUGAGCAGGGACCACCUGGCAUGCCUGGAUCUGCUGGUGUACCGGGUAUACCGGGACACAACGGCAUGCCUGGCAGGGACGGUAAAGAUGGAGCUGCUGGUCCGAAAGGCGAGAAAGGAGAUCCAGGAAUUGGUGCACAGGGCCCUCCAGGCAAAAUGGGACCAGCAGGUCCCAUAGGCCCUAAAGGAGAGAAAGGAAACACUGGGCAAGCAGGAAUUGGUGUACAGGGACCAGCAGGCAAAACGGGAGCAGCAGGUCCUAUAGGCCUUAAAGGAGAGAAAGGAAACACUGGGCAACCAGGAAUUGGUGUACAGGGACCACCAGGCAAAACGGGACCAGCAGGUCCUAUAGGCCCUAAAGGAGAGAAAGGAAACACUGGGCAAGCAGGCUCUCCUGCUGACAUCAGUUUAAUAAAAAGUCUUCAAUCAGAGAACCAAAAACUUAUCAACAGAAUCACAGUUACAGAAAGAGCUUUGGAUGCUGCUGAAAAAACAAUUCAAAAACUUCAGUCAGAUGACAGACAUCUGACCGCCAGACUCAAUGCAAUAGAGAAAGCCUCAAGAUUCAAGAUAUUCACGAAUGCUGGAAUGAAAUAUUAUGUGUCUCUCGGACUGGGAACUUUUGAUCAAGGAUUGGAUUUCUGCAAAAGGAAUGGAGGGACAAUUGUACUGCCGACCACUGAAUCUGAAAAUAACAUUUUAAAGAGAAUGAAUGUUUUAACUGACUCUACCGAUAUAAUACUUGGAACAACAGACAAACAGAAGGAGGGGACAUUUGUGGAUCUGAACAAUAAACCGCUAUCUUUCAGCAAGUGGGGGAAAAAUGAGCCUAAUAAUUUAGGAGAAGAGGACUGUGUUGUUCAAAACAUUGAUGGUUAUUGGAAUGAUAUUAAAUGUGAAUCAAAAAGGCAUGUGGUGUGUGAAAUGCAGGUCUGAUAAAACUCAGCAUAUACUUUCACAAAUGAUUUUGAACUGUGAUUUGCCCUAGAGUUUGAAUGAUCUAUACUUUUAAACAGUAUAACAAGAAUACAAUCAAUCAGUAACUAAUAUUCACAAAAACACUUAUGUAAAACAUCUGAAGACAUAUAGAUGUAUUAAAAGUUAAUACAAUUAAUUUUAAAAUGUAGUUUUUUGAUCUGUAUACAAUAAACAAAUCAAAACAAUAAA